AAUAUUGGGAGGGGGAAAGCAAAUCAUGGCACUUCACCAAGCUUCUCCCCUAGAUUGGACUAUUUGCCUGCUUCUGUUGGGCCCAGUCCACCUGUCAUGCUCUCAUGGCCACCUUGUGGUUUUUGGUUGGUUGACGCCACCCUCGUGUGUAGCCCUGGGUUCUAAUCAGCCUGACUUCCUCAGGAGAAAGCAUCUUUGACAAUGUGACAGGACAAAGGAUGGACAGGUAACCUCCAGUUCAUGACAAUCAUCAGACAGCUGCCACUUGUCCUUGCCCAGAGUGAUGGUUCAGGGCCACGCACCUGCUCCAGAUGGCUCAGGUCACAGGCAUUCUGAUUCCUGUGGUCAAUGGCAGAGAAUGAGAUGAUCUUUCUUGUCCCGGAUGAUAAGGUCGGGGUAUGAAGCGUAAACAACUACAAUCCAUUUUUCAGCAGCAGAACAGCAAGCCUGAGGAUGACACCUGCAUUCAAGAAGGCAGAGAAAUUGUACAUGUGAAGUUUUCCAAGAGGUUGGAUCCAACGUGUUCUCACCACAAGAAUGAGAAGAAGAGAAAAGAAAGAGAAAGGAGAGGACCCAGAUGUGAGGUGGUGGGGUAGUGUGGUUGUGGGCAUCACGUCACCCUGUACAUCAAGUGUGUACUUCGUUUUAUGGUUUUUUUUUGGAGAAAACAGAGUUUAUUGCCCAGCAAUUAAAAGUAUUCAAAUGUGGGAUGAAAGCUACACAAAAUGUUAAUUUUCACGGUUUGCUCGAAUUCAGGUUUUCUUGACCAAUUCUUCAUUUUCCUUCAAAAUGCUGCAUGCCACUUGAGGCUCGGCAGCUCAGGACCUGAGCGUCACCUGCAGCUCCCUGCAUGCCGUGUGCACUGGGCUCCCGACGUUCUUCAGGCCGUCCUCUCGGAGAAGCUGUUGGAAGACUUUCAUCAGGAGGACCUUUGUUCUUGUCACAUCACAGGCUCUGCUGCACCUGCCAGAGCUGGCAAAGGCCCAUGUGGCCCGUGGGGCCUCCCAGCCAUCCUUCCUCAGGGGCUAGAAAACUGCACUCUGUACAAAGACUUCCAGGAGCCAAUCACUUUUCGAACCAUCCAGAUCGCAUCUUUUUACAACCGUGCCCAGACACAAAAUCAGGGUUCAGCUUGGCUGGGACAGCUGCAGACUCAUGGCUGGGACAGCAAGACCGGAGCUUUCAUUUUCCUGCGGCCUUGGUCCAGGGGCAACUUCAGCAACGAGAAGUUCAUGGAACUGGAAAAGUUAUUCUAUUCAUACUCCAUUAGAUUUCUUCAGGUAUUUCAGGACCAUGUCAGUCAAUGGCAGCUUGAAUAUCCGUUUCAGGUCCAAUUGGAAGGAGGCUGUGAGCUGCACCCUGGAGAAGCAUCAGUAGGAUUUGUGAGGGUUGCAUAUCAAGGAUCAGAUCUCAUGAGCUUCCAGAACACGUCAUGGUGGCCAUCUCCAAAGGGAGGCAGAAGGACUGAAGAAGUCUGCACACUAUUCAAUCGGUUCUAUGUGAUCAAUGAAAUUAUACACACACUUCUCAGUGAUACCUGCCCGCAGUUCCUCUUGGGUCUUCUUGACGCAGGAAAGGCAUAUCUCAAGCGACAAGUGAGGCCCGAGGCCUGGCUGUCCACUGGCCCCAGUCCGGGGCCUGGCCGUCUGCUCCUCGUGUGCCACGUCUCUGGCUUCUACCCAAAGCCAGUGUGGGUGACGUGGAUGCGGGGUGACCAGGAGCACCAGGGCACCCGACGAGGCGAGGUCUUGCCCCAUGCUGACGGGACAUGGUAUCUUCAGACGUCCUUGGAUGUGGAAGCCAGGGAGACAGCCGGCCUCUCUUGCCGAGUGAGACACAGCAGUCUAGGAGGCCAGGAUAUUGUCCUCUACUGGGAGCAGCACCGCCCCGUGGGCUUGGUCUUCCUGGUGGUGAUCGUGCCCCUGGUGCUUCUGGCAGGUCUUGCGUUCUGGCUCUGGAAGCGCUGGAAAUCACACUGGAGACCUCAGUGCACUGGCCUCCCUUCGGAGAGAGAUCCCAGCAGCCCCAGUUCCAGCACUUACCUAAACCCAGCUCAGUGGUGAUGGAUUUGCAAGUCUCUGUGUGCAACUUUUGUCUUUCCUUUCUGCUCGAUGAUCAGUUGUCAAUAUCGGCCAAGAAUAAUUUAGCGGGCUUUGUUGUUCUCACCUGAUUCUUGGAGUUAAAUUCUACAUUUUCUCCAAGUAAAAUGAAGCCUGAGUACCUCCCUGGGUCACAGGCAUCAGGUGUCACUUCCUCCAGUGAGCCCUCCCUGAUUUUCAAGGGGAAGCAGUCUCUGCCUGCUGAGAAUUUCCAACAUCCAUAGUUUCUCUUUGGCAAACGUAUGACUCACUACCCAUCCCUUAUUGUCCCCAGUUGGGUCCCUUUUCCAUCCUAAUUCUUAGGCCUCUUGAGGGUAAAGCCCAUGUCUUUCUAAUAUUUGUAUCCUUGGCAAGGAGUCUCGCCUGCAUGGAAUAUGCCCUCAAUAAAAGUCUGUGUUGAAUUGA